AACAGACGGAGGCCGGCGGGCGAACGAAGAGGAAGCAACGCAGCUCCGCCACUCGUCCUCCGCUCGCACGCGCCCCUUCAGAGUGUGCGGCGCGCGACUGGUCUUCCGCAGCCAAGACACAGCAGCCGUGGGCGUCGCGUCUCAGCUGUUACCUCUCAGCGAACAAUCUUGUGACAUUCUACCGUGUGGUUUUUAGGAAUAGCGUGGCUGUUACAGGCAAGCAGCUGUUCCGCGUGUGUUUCUUCGAGACUUUGGCACAGUGCUGGCAGAUUGGACUCGCUCGUUACUUCCUUACCGUACACGAGGCAACUUUUUUCUGUCGUGCCCUCUCGUACAGUAGCGAUCUCCGCUGUGGUGCUGUCCUGCUGCUACUUCGCUGGCUGAGUCAAUUAACUAGGGGCACGCGAUUCAGCGCUCCAUUCACGCCGGCGACCAAUUGGUGACUCAUACGGCUCGCAGCUCACGCUGAAUCACCAGUACUCGGCGUUCGCGUGGCAGUUCAGAGGAUCCGCGAGAUUUUCCCUGGAGCAGGAAACGGGACCAGCUCUCUGUGCCGGAGACGGAUGUGGCUGUAGGGGCUCGGCAGCCAUGGUGAAGGUGGAAGGACCGCUACCGCUGCCCGUCAUGGCCCGCACGCCGCUCAAGUCGUCGUUCAGCAUCAGCUCCAUCCUCCCAGAGACGGCAGCGUCGCCGUGUGGCCGGCCGUGCAGCCCCCGCCUCGCCCUGACGCCCGACCUGUCGGCUUCGGACUCGGAGUGCAGUAGCGACUUGGACGUGACAGGCGGUGCGACUCCGCCGCCCCUCGACUGCAGCCGCCAACACGCUCCCGCCGCCCCCAGUCCGCCCCCGGCGGCAAACGACAAGGAGGGCGACGCCGGCAAGGAAGCGAACAAGGACGCGGCGGCGGCGGAGGCGGGCAAACAGACGGAGGAGAAGAAGAAGAACGAGAAGCCGCCGUACAGCUACAACGCGCUCAUCAUGAUGGCCAUCCGGCAGAGCCCCGAGAAGCGGCUCACGCUCAACGGCAUCUACGAGUUCAUCAUGAAGAACUUCCCGUACUACCGCGAGAACAAGCAGGGCUGGCAGAACUCGAUCCGGCACAACCUGAGCCUCAACAAGUGCUUCGUGAAGGUGCCGCGCCACUACGACGACCCGGGAAAGGGCAACUACUGGAUGCUCGACCCCUCCAGCGAAGACGUCUUCAUCGGCGGCACGACGGGCAAGCUGCGCCGGAGAUCGACGGCCGCGUCGCGGUCGCGGCUCGCCGCCUUCAAGCGCACCGUCGUGCUGGGGGCGGCGGCGGCGGCGGGCCUCUACUCGGGGGCGGCCGCCGCGUCGCCGUACGCCGCCGCGGCCGGGGGCGGACCCGCGUCGCCGUGGGCGCUGUCGCCCGCCGCUCUCUACUGCGGCCCCGCGGCGGCGCUCUACCACCGCUACCCGUACCCGUACGCCGGGGCAGGCUUGCUGGUGCCGGCCGCCGCCGCCGCGGCCGCCGCCGCCGCCGCCUCCUCCGCCGCCUCCGCGUCGCCGGCGACGACGCUGGCCAAGCCGACGCCGCUGCAAGCGUCCGCCUUCAGCGUGGAGCGGCUGCUGGCCGCCGACGGGCCCGCGGCGCCGCCCCCGCACGCGCCGCCCCCGCACGUGCCGCCCCCGCACGUGGCGGCGCCGCCGCUGCGCUACGCCGCCGCCGCCGCCUACCACGACUUCUACGCGACGCUGCGCUCGCUGGCGGCGCCGUCGCUGCUGCACCACCCGCACCCGCAGGCGCCGGUGCCGCCGCCUCCGCAUCCGCCCCCGCAGCCCGUUUGCUCGGCCGCCUCCAGCCCGGAGCCGCGGCCCGCGCCCAUCUACAAGCCCGUCACCGUGCUCGCCUCCAGGCACAGCUAGGUACAGCCGUGAUACUCCUAACAUUUUUGUUACGUUAUUUAUUGACUUUCGUUUACCACCGCUAUGUUACAAACUUUGUCAUAUUAUUACGACUCCCUUUUUUGCAAGAGCGGAAAUAUGCCUCUGUAAUAGCUUGCCUAGAAUAUAAUUAAUUAUAAGGAUGUGAGGUAGCAGUUCUCAUAUUUUACAGUAAUAAUAGCAUUCGACUGUUUUCCGUCUCACUCACGACGCGAUUCUUGAGACAGUACUCUCGUCAGGCUGUCGAAGUUAGCUACUGAUAGCAAUAGCGGUCGAAACGCCGUAAGUUUUACAUAAUGACAAUGUGGUCACAGCCCCAGAAGAAUUUUGUUGCACUGUGACAAUGGCCGCGGAAGCCUACGCUUACAAUCAGCCCACGAUGUUCAAACACUGAACACGUGUUUGUACGCUUUUUAGUGUUUUAACGUCAUGAGCUAAAUUUGACAACCUGAUGACUGUCACAGAUAAAGCGUUGUUGAGUCGUGUGUAGAACAGAAGACAGUUGUAUGCUAUCAGUCACAAACGAUAGCUUGACUUGCCACACAAGGUCGUGCUUUAGGUCUGCGACCCUUGUACGAUUAGUCUAACUGAUCACUCUCUCAAUACUGCUUCAGGUCGUUAAAUAACUUUAUUGUGCAUUUCUAUUUGCGAUGUUUUUUUCUGACAGUUUGAUGACGGGCUAUGCCCGAAAGGCGUCGCUAAAGUUUUUUGUAACAAGUGAAUUCUUCAGUUUUGUUUCCACCUGGAAUUGCUUGCUAGACGACCAUUUUAAAUAAUAUCCGAGGUAGGAGGAAGGGCAGCAUCGGUCGCCCACGUUUAAUGUGUUUAAUGCAGAUCGAUUUCAGCUGCUACUGCUAUGCAUGCCCAAUUUUAUUUAGAAUGAGUCGUCAUGACUCGCAUACAAUUACACUAAACGCGGAUAUACAGUGGCUGAAAUCUAUCUGCUUUAAACAGAUUAAAAAUUUACGACCGAUGGAGCCCUUCCUCCUACCUUGGAUGAGUGAAUUAUUGUUGUUUAGCGACAUGAAGCAGCGUCAGAGCGUGCUCAGUUAAGCGUCUAUAGCGGUCAUCGACCUAACGACAGACUCUCAUCUACUACUGACCGUUGUCAUUCAUAUUUCAACUUCGUAGAUAAUCUCAAAAAACUAUUUACUCAAUUUUGGUAUGACAAUCAACUGGUGUUGUUUGACUUUUAACUUGGAUAGCUUCCCGAGUGCUGGGACUCUAUAAUUGUCCAUCUCACUUAUGAAAAUAUAAUCAUUAUAAACCUGAAGAUGAGUCCAUACUGACAUGAAACAAGUAGUUGUGACAAAAGGCACCUUCAUACAGAUAUGCGACUUUUGGAAAUACCUCAUAAUUCUUCACUUUUCAUGAUAAUUUAAAUCGUUACUGAGUGCUAACUGUUUUUGUAUUUUUUUCCCCACAAUGUCCGUGAGCUGUGGUUGUCCUCCGCAGAAAGUUGUUUGUAUCUCUAAAAAUGUAACAACGAAUCCUUCAUAAACGUUACUACAGUAGCAAACGAUUCUAUGUAUUUGUCUUAGCGAUGCAGUGUCAGGUCACACAAAUGGUACUAUUGUCGAUAUCGUCAGAUCUCUCUUGCUAGCUCUACUUUCUAUACUUGGCCGAACAAUGCGUUGGAAUAAAUUGAUCCGCUUCCACUCUUUUCAUAGCGGUUUUACGCCGUGCUCAUUUAGAAGUAUCAAUUUCAUCAUCAGGACUUCAGUUGCUAUGCAACUGACUGCAGUGUCAUGUCAACAUGCCAGAAUUUUGGUGCUUUAUUUCGUUUACCACUAUGUAGUAGAGGUCACAUGUUGAGGAAGCACACUGUCAAUUUUGAAAACUACGACUUCGAAAUAUACAUAGACAUAGUAAAAAUGCUAUGAAAAGAUAGUGUUCUUAACUUUUCCAUCAUCAGUGUGUGCCUCCCUCAGGACUUAUUCGUUUGACUAGCUACUACGUAAAGUAUUAAAAAAUCACCUGAAGAUGACUUGGUAAUGAAUAGAAACCUUUGAUGAUACCAUUUGUAUGCCUGGUCUGUGUAAUAGUAUACAUGUUGCUUUUAAUGGACAGCGAUUGGUUGACAUUAUAAUUUACACUAUUACUUAAAGUGCUUCACGUUUUGUUAGAGGCCUCCAAUUAUCAGGUGUCUACAUUUACGUAUAUUUUUAAGUUGUAUGCCCAUAUUUGUUGACUGUUGGUGCCAUAGGGACCAGUAUUGUGAACAAGUCAGCUCAAUAGUCGACGCAAUAUUUAACAGUAAGAAUUAUUCACUGUGUUGUUGUAUUGGAAUCCUGAAGAUAUUCCGAAACGCUUAGCGUAAUAAGUAAUUCUUAAAAUUAUAGCGUGAUAUUGUUCCUAUGUAAUAGUAUGAUAUCAUACUUUAAGAUAGUCUUGUUCCUAAAAUUUUUGCCGCUUCUGAAGCGUGCAGUAAAAUCCGUUUCAUAAGAAAGUUUCAGCUCCACGCUGUAAAAUCAUUAGUAAUUUCAUUCAAGACAAUCAGGUAGUUCUGUUUGACAGACGUCUAUGUGUUAAGUCCUCCUCUUGUGAAUAUUCUACAUGACUGUUUGUACUUAUUUUCCUAUCCACUAAAAUCACUGUCUUUCUUUACGUCAUGAAAUAGACGUGCGCGGAAGACACGAUAUUUUACCCAUUGUCACAUUUAUCAGUUUAUUUGUGCUUCUCAUGCAGAGAAGCGAAUAAGCUGAACCACGCCAUAAUAUUUAUUAGCAUGAACAGUCAUUCACUCUUCCCAAAAUUGUAGAUAACUCUUUUUCCAAAAUUGUAGAUAACUUUUUUUCACAGUGUAAUUCAUUUUUGCUUUUUUUUGUCCCUCUUACGACGAGAGCGCAUAAUGGAGACCAUUGUAUCAUUGCAUUGCUGUUUAUAACGUAGCUGUAACAGUCUGUGAUACUUACGCGUCUCAUCAGGGAUGCAGACGAGGUUAAAUACUUGUUUUUCACAAAAUUAAUCUUAAUUCUUGAUUUGAUCCCACUCCGGCUUAUCUACGAAGAGUUGUCUUAAUUUAAACAUUCAACACUAGAUCGUUGCUAUUACUAAAUAAAAUAACAUGACAUAAAUAAAAUUUUUUUGUGUCUCGUCGAGACUUCGAUAAUGUACGCCUAUUUAUCGUCUUACUUGUAAAAACACUGACCGUAUCUUAUUAACUACUGUUAAACAUCAUGUAAGGGAAAAUAUCUAUCACCUACGGCAAUGCAAAACAUGUUUCUGAGAAGGAAAUUCAUGAAUUUCUCUGUGUUAACUUUUUUUUUUUUUGCUUUUAGAUUGAUGUAAUGUAUUUUUAACAAUUUGUGAACAGGUCUUGUGUGAUAUGUACAGUCAUGCUACACGAUAACUAUGACCAAAUCUUUUACCGUAAUUAAAAUGUUUAUUUUUUCCUGGAACUGUUUCAUUUACGUUUUUGUUCGUGAACAUUGUUUAACGCAUUUUUCGCUCUUGCAAACGUGUGUGUCUAGUGUCAUUCUUGUUGUACAAAAAACUUUUCAUGUAUAUUUGUGUAUUUAAUUAGCGUAUAUUGUAUAUAUGAUUGUUUCGACGGCAGAUAAUAAAUUAAGCACAUAGACCUGUCAAAUAUUUACACACAGGUCGGCUAUGUAGAUGAAAUGAAACGUAUUAUUUUUAUUCGUAAAAAUAAACUUUAUGUGAUACAUUAAUCAGCA